CGCGCGGCGGGGAGGCUCGGCGGCCGGACGCAAAGCUGCGGGCUCGUGGGACGGCCACCCCUCCACGAAACCGCCAGUGGGCGGGCCCGGGCCGCUGAUCGACCGCCGUGGCUUCCGGUUCCGAUGACAGUGGCGCCGGAAGCCGGGGCCGGUGCUGCGGGGCGAGUUAUCGGCCCCGGGCCGGGAGCUGGAGUCCCAGACUCAGGUCCCGGCCCAGCCCCCGAAGAGCCGCCUCAGCCGGGGGAGUAGCUCGGACUCAAACGUCCCGUCCUCGUGUGACCGCGGUGGGUCGGAGGUGAGCAGGCUGAGGCCACCAUGGAGCAGUGUGCGUGCGUGGAGAGAGAGCUGGACAAGGUCCUGCAGAAGUUCCUGACCUACGGGCAGCACUGCGAGCAGAGCCUGGAGGAGCUGCUGCACUACGUGGGCCAGCUGCGGGCUGAGCUGGCCAGCGCAGGUGGGUGGCCACCCUUGCAAGUGCCCUGCGACAGCCUCCCUGAGGACAUGGGAGACCCGAAGCUACUGAGUGACAGGGUUCCGGAAGGACGAUGAUGAGGAUGUUGGUACCAGCAUCUCUAGGCCUCCUUGAAACCGGCCCUCCAGGGGACCCCUCUCUCAGCCACCCUCUCUCUGGUGAUGUCACAAUGCUGCCGGAAGAUCAAAGAUACGGUGCAGAAACUGGCUUCGGACCAUAAGGACAUUCACAGCAGUGUAUCCCGAGUGGGCAAAGCCAUUGACAGGAACUUCGACUCUGAGAUCUGUGGUGUUGUGUCAGAUGCGGUGUGGGACGCACGGGAACAGCAGCAGCAGAUCUUGCAGAUGGCCAUCGUGGAACACCUGUACCAGCAGGGCAUGCUCAGCGUGGCCGAGGAGCUGUGCCAGGAAUCAACGCUGAACGUGGACUUGGAUUUCAAGCAGCCUUUCCUAGAGUUGAAUCGAAUCCUGGAAGCCCUGCACGAACAAGACCUGGGUCCUGCGCUGGAAUGGGCCGUCUCCCACAGGCAGCGCCUGCUGGAACUCAACAGUUCCCUGGAGUUCAAGCUGCACCGACUGCACUUCAUCCGCCUCCUGGCAGGAGGCCCGGAGAAGCAGCUGGAGGCCCUCAGCUAUGCUCGGCACUUCCAGCCCUUUGCUCGGCUGCACCAGCGGGAGAUCCAGGUGAUGAUGGGCAGUCUGGUGUACCUGCGGCUGGGCUUGGAGAAGUCACCCUACUGCCACCUGCUGGACAACAGCCACUGGGCAGAGAUCUGUGAGACCUUUACCCGGGACGCCUGUUCCCUGCUGGGGCUUUCUGUGGAGUCCCCCCUUAGCGUCAGCUUUGCCUCUGGCUGUGUGGCGCUGCCCGUGUUGAUGAACAUCAAGGCUGUGAUUGAGCAAAGGCAGUGCACUGGGGUCUGGAGUCACAAGGACGAGUUACCGAUUGAGAUUGAACUAGGCAUGAAGUGCUGGUACCACUCCGUGUUCGCUUGCCCCAUCCUCCGCCAGCAGACGUCAGAUUCCAACCCUCCCAUCAAGCUCAUCUGUGGCCAUGUUAUCUCCCGAGAUGCACUCAAUAAGCUCAUUAAUGGAGGAAAGCUGAAGUGUCCCUACUGUCCCAUGGAGCAGAACCCGGCAGAUGGGAAACGCAUCAUAUUCUGAUUCCUACCUGGAAGGAAUUUUGUUGAAAGGGGUUCUCACCUGUGAGCCUGGGUCUGUCUCAGUCGGGUGGUUAGCUUCAGUGGACUGUGGUUGGUUUCAGAGCACCUGGCUGAGGAGUUCCGCUGAGGGGAGGGCUGGAGCAGCCCUUUGGCAGAGACGGCGGAGGGAGAUGGACCAGCCCACACCUGGCGGCUGGCUCCAUGGCAUAAGGAAAGGGAGAUGCUGGCCCCUGUGCUCCUGCUGUCUCUUCCUGUUUUUAUUUGCCCUUGACUUAGUAGCAGGCAACAGAGUGGCAAGGGACUUGGUCUUCAGCAGUAGACAUCCUUCCACCCCUGCCCUCAGCCAAGUCUCUUGCUGCCAUGCCAAUGCUACGUCCACCCUUGGCCCUCGGCCCCAGGGUGUCCAGCGGUGCCCCACUUCUUCCUCCCACUGUACAGCCUCAACAGUAUGAACCAUCUCCCACUGUAAACAGUCCCAGUUAGAAUGGAAUGCCGUUGUUUUAUAACUUGGAACAAAU